AUGCCGGCGCUGGCCCUCGAUUCAGCGCCGUCGACCUACCUUGCCUGGGCGAGUGAGAACUGGCGCACCCUCGUGACGUAUGCUCUGACCCUGUGGGUCAGCUUCAAGGUCGCCCGCGCCGUCCUCCGCGUCUUCUGCCCGACACUCUGGAUGACAAGCUCGCUCGCGAAUGUCCCCGGGCCUAAGCCCCCGAGUAGGUUGCUGGGACACCAGAUGGAGAGCGUCCGCCGCUCGCCCGGUGUCACGGCCGAGGAGUGGCACGAUGUCUACGGACCGACCAUCCGACUCGCGCGGCCGUUCGGCGUCGCGGAGCUCAGUACUGUUGACCCCGCAGCUCUGUCGUUCAUCUAUCGCGCAACAGAUGAGAGAUUUGUGAAGCCUGCCGGCAUGCGUCAGGCUAUUGCUGCCAACGUCGGAGACGGUGUUCUCGCCGUCGAAGGACACACGCACAGGCGACACAGGAGGGUGCUGAACCCUGCCUUUGGCUGGCCGCAGAUUCAAGACAUGCUUCCGCGGAUGUGGGAGAAGGGCUACGAGCUGAGAGACAAGAUGCUCUCCUCGCUUUCGGACCCGUUCUAUCUCAGGCCCGAGAAGGCGUGUGACGAUGUACCCGGCGCGAGGGUCAUGGACAUGUUCGGUCACCUUUCAAACGCGGCCCUGGAUAUCAUCGGUCUCGUUGCUAUCGGAGAGGAUCUCGGCGCCUUGAGCGACAGGCAGAACGAUCUGCGCACAGCCUAUCAGGAUGUCCUCCGCGUUGGCUUCAUAACGGACUGGCUCACAGUACUCCGCUUCGCGGUCCCGAUCACCCGCAAGAUCCCGACCGAGCGCGGCCGGGUUGUCAAGCGCAGCCGCGAGACUGUCGAAGCCUUCGGCCAUCGAGUCAUCGCCGAGAAGCGGCGACUGCUGCAGGACAUGCACUCUGGCCGGCUCGAGAAGAAGACGGACAUCGGGAAGGACGUUCUCAGUCUGCUGAUCAAGGCAAACUCUGCAGCCGAUCUGAGGGAGGACCAGAGGCUGGACGAUACCGAGGUCAUUGCGCAGAUCACCACGAUGCUCUUCACAGGUCACGAAACAACCAGCACGGCCACCGGAUUCUGUCUCCGCCAGCUGGCUCUCAAUCAGGGAGCGCAGGAAAAGCUGAGGAAAGAGGUGCUCGAGGCUGGUGCCGACGAGCCAGAUUUCGAGACGCUCAUGGCCCUGCCGUACCUGCACAAUGUGGUCAGGGAAUCUCUCCGCUUCGAGGGCCCGGUGCCCAACAUGGGUCGUGUGGCUACUGAAGACGUCACUGUCCCACUCUCUCAGCCCAUCAUCGGGCGCGACGGGAAGCUCAUGGACAGCGUGCAGCUCAGGAAGGGAGACUAUGUCCAGGCUCCUUACCAGGCUGCUAACCGCCUGACGGACGUGUGGGGCGAGGACGCGCGCCAGUUCCGGCCCGAGCGCUGGGAGCAGGCCAACUUUCCGCACAAGAAGAUGCCGGGCGUGUGGGGCGAACUCGCGACGUUUGGCGGUGGGCCGCACAACUGCAUCGGGCAUCGCAUGGCUGUUCUGGAGAUGAAGGUGCUUCUGUACAUCAUGCUGCGCAACUUCAAGUUCGAGCCCGUUCCUUCUGGACCAGUGAUCAAGCCCAAGUGGAUGAUUAUCCAGCGCUGCGUCGUCGAGGGCGAGGAGGCGAGGGGCCCGCAACUGCCGCUCCUCGUGCGUCCUCUGGAGGAGCUCCAACCCACUGGUACGAUAGCUAACGGCAGGGUGCUGAAGGCGUACAAGAUCCUCGGUUUCAUCUCGUCCGGAACCUAUGGUCGAGUGUACAAGGCAGUCUUGCUGCCACCACCGAAACCUUCGCGUGGCACCGUAUCACGCAAGUCGCCGAGCGUGAGCGACGACCCGCUCAACAACCCGGAACUGUGCAUGCGGCCAGGCGAUCUACCAGCGAAGGAAGGCGAUGUGUUUGCGAUCAAGAAGUUCAAGCCAGACAAGGAAGGCGAUCAGCAGACAUACGCGGGAAUCAGCCAGAGUGGAGCUCGAGAGAUCAUGGUGAGGCUGCUCUACAACUUGCCCCCCAGCCGCGCUGACAUGCAGUUGAACCGAGAACUGCACCACCGGAAUCUCGUCGCCCUCCGCGAGGUCAUCCUCGAAGACAAGGCUAUCUACAUGGUGUUCGAGUAUGCUGAGCACGACUUCCUCCCGGCCAACAUUCUCGUGACGUCCGGCGGCGUAGUGAAGAUUGGUGACCUCGGUCUUGCCCGUCUGUGGCACAAACCACUGGCCCAGGGUGGUCUCUUCGGAGGCGACAAGGUCGUCGUCACCAUUUGGUAUCGUGCGCCGGAGCUGAUCCUCGGAUCAAAACAUUAUACCGCUGCCGUUGGGCGAGGAAGCGAAGCUAGACAGCAAGAAGACUUUGCCGUUCCAGCGAGAUCAAAUGGCGAAGAUCUGCGAUGUCCUCGGCCCAGUGAAGCCUCGAACGGGUACGACCUUCUGACCAAGCUGUUCGAAUGGGACCCGACCAAACGCAUCACGGCGCGCGACGCGCUCGCUCACCCCUGGUUCCAGGAGGACGGAGGGUGUGCCGCCGAGUCUGUCUUCGAGGGCAGCACUAUUCCCUACCCCUCGCGCCGAGUCACACACGAGGAUAACGGCGACGCAAAGAUGGGAUCCCGCUUGCCAGGCUCGUCCAACUUCCGGUCGUCUAGUGGUGCUAUUCCGCCCGCCAAGCGCACCAAGCUGCGCUGA